AUGGAACUUCGUCCUUUCUUCUUUGGGCUGCUGAUGACCAGUAUGGGACUUGAAGUUUAUGGUCAAUGGAUGCCUGUCCAGGAAAACCUUUCAACUCCAAAGAUUAUAGAGCCUCAGAUGUCAUCAGAUCCAGGGGUUUUAAAAAUUCGCAAUGAUGAGAGAAAUCAGCCGAAACAGUUUUAUCCCCCCAAAAUAAGGCUUUCACCAACUCCGAGCAUUCUACCAUCUUCAUCACUUGAUAUUUUCGCCACGAAGCACAAAACCAUCUUCCAAAAUCUCCAAUUAUCCUUUGGCCUAUAUAGAGAGUUAAUGAACAUCAACCGAGACAAGAAUUUCAUGUUCUCCCCACCAACCUUCUCCCUUGCCCUCACUAUGCUGGGUCUCCAGGCAUGCCCACAAACUCGAAAAAAGGUCCUGAAUGGUUUGGGUUUGUCAUCCUGGGUGAUCUCUGAAGCCCCAAGUUAUAGGGACCAUUACAACCUUGGUAAGUACCUUCAAAGCCAACUACCAUCCUCUGAAGGAUGCCAGUCAGAAGUAUACAGCAUGGUGGUUGGAAAUCAGCCUGAUGAGCAGUUGCAAGACAAGUUUGUUAACAUGGCCUGGAAUAGUUAUCAUACCGAAGUUAUAGUCAGACCCCCCAUCCUACCCCAGAUAUCCGAACUCCAGACCAGUGCCUUGAAGAAGAGGAAAACUCAAGACGAAAUAGUAUCGUUUGUGAAAAGAAAUACUUUUGUUAUAUAUAGUGACAUUUCCUUUAAAGGGCAAUGGACAAAUUUCUUUGAGAAGAAUCUCACAAUGCCCUUCCGGGUGAUGAGUAACUUCCGGGUGGCUGUGCCUGCUAUGCAGCAUUUGGGCAUGUUCCGUCUCCAGUACUGUGCCCCACUGAAGAGUUACGUCCUUCAGCUGCCUUACACCUGCAACAGCACUAGUUACUUCAUCAUGCCCGAAGAUCGGGGCAACAGGGCAACAGAAAAUAUUCCAUUGUCUACAUAUAUUAAAGAUUGGACUCAGCCUUUUCCACCAAGCCUGUGGAAGCUGCACAUCCCCAAAUUCACUGUCUCUGGAAACAAUAUCCUGGAGAAAGUACUGCCCAAGCUGGGCUUCUCGGACAUCUUUAGCCCCAGCGAAGCAGGCAUCAAGGGCAUUUUCGUGAAAGACCAGAGCUACAGCAUUGAGGAGCUGCCUUCAGAGCUCUGUGGGCCUCAGGAGGUGGCUAGAACCUCACAGCUUGGCUCCCUACAGAUCAAUCACAGUGCAGAACUGAUUGUGGAUGAGAAAGGAGUCAAAAAUAAGAAGAAGUAUCAAACAGAAUACAUGCCCCGCGUCCGGACAUUCUAUUUCAACAGACCCUUCGUGAUAGUCAUUCUGACCCAACACAAUGAAGUCAUCAUCAUGGGGAGAGUUAUGAAUCCUAUGAAAAAUACUUAG